GUUUCCGCAUUCCGCACAGAGCUGACAGCAGGAGCGCAAGUUGUGCAGAGGCAAUCGCGUCGUUGAAUACACCUCUUGAGUCAUUCCCAGGGGAGCACAGGACCAUAGCCAACAGGCGGCGAUGCCUUACAUGCUCAUCAGCACGCAGAUCCGACUGGAGUCUGGUCCAACAAAUGUAGGAGAUGAAUUUUCUGAUCCAGCUCUCAUGAGUUACCUGGGUGCAAGAAAAACCACCAUCCUGGGAAACAAUUUUUCUGAAUACCAUGUGGACGACCCACCUCGCCUGGUGCUGGACAAGCUGGAGAACAUUGGCUUCCAUGUGGUGUCGGUGACGGGAGUAGGACAGACGCUGGUAUGGUGUCUUCACAAGGAGAAAGAGUGAUUUAUCAUAAUAUAGCCUGAUCAGGAUUUUACUCCUCACCUGUUUUACAUUAUGGCAUAUUUAUAACCACAGACAAGAGAAAGCAACUUUAGAGCUGAGAUUAUCAUUUGCAUAAGUUUUCUGAUUGAACAUGUUGCCAGAUUGAGGGUAUAGUGGAAGCAUUUUCCAAAGACUUAUUAGGACCAUUUGGUAGUAAUGUUGUUUACUGCAGAUGUGCUGAAAGUUGUCUGAUUAUUUAUAUGAAAUCAAAGAACCUAUAUCUCAAAUGGGGAAAAACUCAGUUUGUUGUAUUUGUGCUCCAAGAUCAUUGUAAAGUGAAUUUGCAUGGUGUUUAUGAAUAAAUAAUGUUCAGAUUCA